AUGGCUCCUCCCACCAUUAACGGUGAUCGAGGCCCUACCCCUGAGCAAGGUAUUUGGGACUUCUUGUCUCUGCACUCCGACGGGCAAUCCACUUACUCCUCCGACUUUAUCGCCGCGUUAGGGGAUUCAGAUUCCCACCGUUCGGGUGAAGUGACACGAAUUCUCGAGGAUAGAGACGAUUUCCUCCCCGGAUGGCUUGCCAGGAUCGAUUCGCAAGUCAACUUGUCGUCAAAUGAAGCUGGCUUCUCCAACCUCUCGUCGGAUGAACUCAUAAACCAAGGCGAGGCUCAUACAGACUUCACCCGGUUGUUGGAGGCGAAUCUAGGUAACCGAGUUUAUUACGACGAGCUCCGGGACGCAAUUAUUGCUUCCACCAAUGGUAGCCUUACGCGCACUCAGCUCCUCGCCAAGAUGGAGGAACUGGAGCGGGUCGCGGUUAGAAUUCAGGAGAGCAACAUCAAGCUGCGAGAGAUGAGUGGGCCUCUCAACCCCUCAUCUAGAAGUGAUGGGGACGAUGAGGCCUCAUCAGAUGAAGAACCGGAAGGGCCAAUCGAUCCCCCUAACUCGCUCGCCGAAGAUUCUUCAGAGAUCGAGUCCCAGUUUGCUCGACAAUCGGGUGGCAUUUUUGCUGCCGUUGACGGCACCAAUGGUACAACUAUAACCUCCUCAGUCAUUAUCGAUGAUGUUGUGGAAGUCAUCUCCAUCAGCGACAGUGAAACCAUCCCUCUUGUUUCAGACGACUCCACCUAUAAGAUCGAUGUCAAGUCCGUCUUCGAUCCAGCUGAGACCGCUGACUCCCGUCGUGUUCUUCUAAACAAGAUCCCGCAAGGAACCACCCUCACCCAGAUCGCUGACGCGGUCUGUGGUGUCGGAGGACUGAUCCGCAUCUCGAUCAUGGACAAUGUUGGCAAAAGCGGCACUGCAUUCAAGCUUGCGUGUGUUGAGUUCCGCGACUCGGCUGCCGCCAAGAAGUACGUUGCCAACAUCAAGGUCAAUGGUCUUGAACUCAUUAACAGCAACGGACGUUUCUUCAACAUCGAAGUCAAGCUUAUCAACUCAACAUCGUCUUACGAUUCCCGACAUGGCCACCCCCUUGAGUAUGGUGUCGGCCAUCACAGCGAACAGUCUGGUCGUUGUAUCACUAUGGAGAACUUCCCUACAUCUGCCAUCUGGCACUUGUUCACUCGAUUCGGAACCAAGUACAUCAUCCGUUCUUCUUUUAUUCCCAACAACAAUGGAAUGAACGGCAAACUGUCCGUUGAAUUCUCCAGCGUCUUCGAGGCUGGCCGACUGUGCUACAUGAUUCUGAACCACGUCUUCCUGCCCUACCAUGGACCGGCUUUUCAGAUGGGGCUUGGUCAGACUCCCUCUGAUCGCGAUGUUGAGGAACUCACCAGUUCCGUGUCCAACACCAUCGCUUAUGUCUCUCCCAAGCAUCUCUCCGAUGUUUGGAAUGUUCAACCAUUCAACCUCUUCACCCCGUCCUCCAACUUUGCGUAUGGUGCUCCUAUUCCCCGACGUGCGGUUACCAGCCGCAGCUCGUCCGUGAACGUGGAGGUGGUCUCGCGCACCCCGUCGAUGACUUUCGUUCUUCCCCCCGCGUCGAUGAAAGUAAAGGCUCCCACUACUCCUUCCAUGAAUGCGGAGGCAUUGCCUACCCCGUCGGUGGUGGAGAUGUCGCAAAGUUCGUCUUGCUACACAUGCAAUGUUGUUCCUCAUAUCCUUGUCCGCGAUGACAAGAACUCUCCUGACCUCCGGAACAUUCAGAUGACCGACGUCCGCUUCAACUUCGUCGAUGGGCAGACAAAGUACAUCAUCGUUAUAGGCAAGGUCUAUUCUCGACAUAUCAACGGUGACAUCUACACUAAGCUCGACAAUGAGGAGUUCAUGAAACUCAAGCAGGACAAUGUCCUCAAGCCCAACUGGGCUAACUUUUGGAUGCACUACUGUGAAAUCAACGAGGUUCCUUACCUGCCCAAGUACGCCGAGUACGGGCGUGUUGCGAACAUCCGCCGCAACCUUAACAAGAAGUUCGGAUUGCCUGAGUCCUGGAACCCCGAGCGCCUUACUACGAUUCCCAAUCAGAUCAAGUCGUACCUCAACCCCAAGUCUCGAAAGGUUGUCUCAACCGCUGAGACUGAACGAAAGUAA